AUGGAUCUAUCUAUCUAUCUAUCUAUCUAUCUAUCUAUCUAUCUCUCUCUCUAUAUAUAUAUGUAUACCUUAAUCUCUUUAUAUCUAUCAAUCUCUAAUCUUUCACAUCUAUUUUCUCUCAUCAAUCUGUUUAUCUUUCAAUCUUUCCAUAUCUAUCUUCUCUCUAUUCUAAUUUUUUCAUCUAUUUAUCUAUCUAUCUAUCUAUCUAUCUAUCUAUCCAUCUAUCUAUCUAUUCUAAUCUCUUCAUUAUCUAUCUAUCUAUCUAUCUAUCUAUCUAUCUAUGGUUUAUCUAUCAAUCCAUCUAUCUUUUCAAUCUCUUCAUUAUCUAUCUAUCUAUCUAUCUAUCUAUCUAUCUAUCUGAUGGUUUAUCUAUCAAUCUAUCUCUAUUUUAAUCUCUUCAUAUCGAUCAAUCUAUUCUAUUUUUCCAUCUAUCUAUCAUCUAUCUAUCUAUCUAUCUAUCUGAUGGUUUAUCUAUCAAAUCUAUCUAUUUUCAAUUUUUAUCUAUCUAUCUAUCAUCUAUCGAUUUAUCAAUCUAUCUAUCUAGUUUUAAUCUUUCAUAUCAUUCAAUCUAUUCUAAUUUUUUCAUAUCUAUCUAUCUAUCUAUCUCUAUCUAUCUAUCUAUCUGAUGGUUUAUCUAUCAAUCUAUCUAUCUAUUUUCAAUCUCUUCAUUAUCUAUCUAUCUAUCUAUCUAUCUAUCUAUCUAUCUAUCUAUCUGACGGUUUAUCUACCAAUCUAUCUAUCUAUUUUUAA